AUGGCUUCUGAUGCCGAAAUCGCAGCCUUUCGAGCUAGAAAGGUCGCACUAAUUACGGGCAUCUCUGGACAGGAUGGAUCUUAUCUCGCGGAACUGUUGCUAUCUAAAGGCUACGCAGUUCAUGGUGUAAUUCGUAGAUCGUCAUCGUUCAAUACGGCACGUAUCGAACAUCUUUAUAGCAACCCGAUCACACAUCGGGGAGACUCCUCAUUCGCUUUACAUUAUGGUGACAUGACCGACUCAUCUUGUCUAAUUAAACUUAUUUCUAAAAUUCAACCUACAGAAGUCUAUCACCUUGCUGCACAAUCUCACGUAAAGGUAUCGUUUGAUUUACCUGAAUAUACAGCUGAAGUGGAUGCAGUUGGAACCUUGAGAUUGCUUGACGCUAUCCAUGCAUGUGGAUUGACUGAGAAGGUUCGCUUUUACCAAGCAUCAACCUCGGAGCUGUAUGGCAAAGUUCAGGAAACCCCACAAAAGGAGACCACACCGUUCUACCCCCGUUCACCAUAUGCUGUCGCUAAGAUGUAUGCUUACUGGAUCGUCAUUAAUUACCGAGAAGCUUACAACAUGUUUGCCUGUAAUGGUAUUCUUUUCAAUCACGAGAGUCCAAGAAGAGGUCAGUUUCUC